AUGAGUUGGGUAGAAUUGAAGGCUCGUCGUUUAUUGGAAUCUUGGUUGAAAUGGAAAAAUUCAAAUGAAUUAUCGACAUUUGCCUAUCAUGCAGCAGUUCUUCUAAGUAACUCUAAUGUUUGGUCCAUCGAAAUCGCCACAAUUAUGUGUGAUAUUUUAUGUAGUGAUAAUGAUCACUUUCGUCAUAGAGCUGAAAUAAUUUUCAGAUUAUCAAGUGAUAAAGAUGUUCGUACAAGUUCAACAUUGGGUAUUGACGUUUUAUUGACUUUGUUUAAGAAAAAGGUCCAUUAUCAGUUAACUUCAGCAUCUGCUAAACUUACACUAAAUCAAAUGAUGGUAAAUACAACUCUAGAUAUGCAAUUUCAUCCAGAAACAAUACUUUGGUUAGAAAGAUACAGAAUUCAUGCAUUAAUAAAUCCUAAAUACUGCCUCAACAAACCAAGACCAUGGGCAAAUUCUUAUAUAUCUUCGUAUUUUUCAACCGAUAUUCCAAUUGAUGCCUGCUCCUGCGUUAAUUUAUGUCGACUGUCUAAUGAUUUGGUAAUAUAUAUGUAUGAUAUGAUUGCAUCGGGUUUCUUUGUAUUUUUGGAGAUCGAUGGAGAUACAACAUCUGAUGAAGUUUUAGAAAGUCACACUCAAUUUAUUGCUUCAGUAAUUUUGACACUUUUUAACUCAAUGAAUACUAUUGAUGAUACACGCCGAUUAGCAGUCGACGCUCUUAUGAAUUUAUUCGAUACGUCCGAAAAAGAGGCAGUUCAUCAAGCAAUAGCGUAUACCCUUGGUUAUGUGUGUAGCAAACAAACACAUGAAACCUUACUUGAUAGAAUUCUAUUGGCAAUGACCACCGACGGUGAUGAAGAUUCUACCUAUUGUAAUAAUGUUUUGAUUGCACUAACUUCAAGUUAUGCUUAUUGUGAUGUUGUGACAGCAGCUCGUACAGAACUUGCUCGUAUUCGAAAGGAUACAUCAUUUCUAGUUGAAACACUUGCUUUUGAUCAUAGUCAAUGUUAUCAUGCUUUGAUUGGAGCAACUGCAUACUUAUUUAUUUAUGAUGUUCAACAAAGUAGUGAAAAUAAUGUUGCAGAGUUUAUUGAGGAAUAUCCAGAUCUUUUACCAAUCUUUACUGUUGAAUUAUACAAUAGCAUUCGUCAUUUUACUACUAAAGUUUUACCAGUGGUUGACAAUAAUUAUGUUUUAGAUUACGGAUAUCCUUAA